AUGACGUAUAAAGGUUGCGCUGGAACCAGCUCAAGGUGUGGAGCAACUUCAGCUCACUCUCCUUUCUGUAUCGAAUUCAUGAAGUUAACUAUUGCUCUUUUAUUGGCAUCGUUAACCGCUGCGCAGAUUGUAGACAUAAAUUCCGAACUUGUUUGUUCUUCAUCUGACCCAACUGAUUGCUAUCCAAAGAUAUUUGUACCCACUGACCAGUGGCAAGAGAUUAGAGAAGGCCAGGACAUUCCUCCAGGAUUACACGUUAGACUAAACAUUGACACUUUGAAGAAGGAGGCAAAGAUUUUAGAAGAGGAACCCGAUUCACAAGUCGAAAAUUCGCUAGUAGUUCAAGAACAACCGGAAGAGCAAGAACAAGAUUCUGCCACGGAAGUCGAACAGGAAAUCUUAGACAAGAUCAAAGAGUUCAAGCAGCAACAGAACAACAUGCAAGAACAAUACGCUAAGAGCAGAGUUACUCUGGGAGAUGUUAAGGAGUACGCAGCUGCUGUGGAAGAAAUUGACUUCCUUUCUACCGACUCAGACUUGACUCGUGUCUCUGAGGCACUUGACACUUUGGAAGACUUGAGCCACGACAUUGAGUUUGGGUGCAAAUUGACCCAGAGUCCGCAGAUCUUCCAGAACUUGCUCCAUUUGGACAAGAAGCUUGGAGGGAUCAAAGUGGAGAACUUACAAGACAAAGCGUACAGGAUUAUGGCAGGUGCCCUUCGUAACAACCCAGAAGCUGUGGACAACUUCCUCUCCAAGCAGUCCGGCAGCUUUGUCGAUGAGUUGUUCAAUGAAUUGAGUGCUAGCAACUCUGAUAUCCUACAAAAGAGAAUCUUAGGAGUAAUACAGGCAUUGGCGCAGAACGACCACUUUGCUGCUAAGUACUUUGGACACUCAUCGUCGUCUGGGCUCGAUCAGCUCGUGGCAAUUUUCCCCACUCUUGGCGCUGAGUCCAAGACAAGACUCGUGAACAUAUUGCAAGAUAUCAACCUAUUGACCCCAGAGUCAUCGUCAUCGAACUCCAAGAGGGCUGUGGAGGAUUCUGCAAACCCGGAAAAGCAGUACUCUGACUUUUUGCAGCAACAGCUAGUCGAUGGAAAGCACGGCUCCGAGUCCCAGUUCAGGCUCUAUUUCUCGAAGUUGAGCGAGAUUCACAAGGAGAACAAGCAACUCAAACCAAGUAAAGAAUUCUUGAGCUGGCUAGCAGAGGAGGCCGAAACCAGAGCCAAAUCGUCUGGCGACAAGAAGAGGGACAUCGCCAACUACACGGACGAAGACGAAGCAUUUGACAGGGGCAUGUUGGAAGCACGUCACUUGGUGUUUGGGAACCCGAACGCCAUGAGAAAGGCAGUGGCCGAUGAAUUGUAA